GCUCCGCCGCGGCCGGCUCAGUCUGCGCCCGACCGCUGUCGCGUACACACGCGUCCACGCUCCGCUCUCAACAGAUUACACACGUGCGUGACACCCGCGAGUUCCCGGACAAAACAACUUUGGAUUGCUUAAGACGUGCAUGUGAUCAAGUGGCGGCUAUUCAGUGCUUUGAGGUGGAGGCUCGGGCCUCGGGCGCCGCUGGGCCCGUGAUCGGCCCGGGCGGCGGCAUGGAGUCCCCACAGAUGUACGACGCGGCGGCCGCGCCACCGCCACCGCCGCAACCCGACCUCAAGAAGGCGGUGGAGGAUAAACGCGCCCCUUUCCCACCCCCCGAUUUAGACGAGCUCAAUGGACAGGAAAUCAGCUUGGACUUGCAACACCUCAUCGAGGACCAGUUCCGCGGAGAGGAAACUAUGGCUCUAUUUCAGGAAAUACUUCCUGGAGGCCGCUCCCCGCAACCGAGGCCUAAUUAUGCUAGAACGACACUGGCUUACAUGCCUCAGCCUGUGCACUCUGGAGCUUCUUAUGCUGCCCCAGUACAAGCUAGCUCUGGGCAUGAACAAGCGCCUCCAAUCAAAGAAGAACCACCGGAGCCGCAUGAUUUCAGGAGAUCAGUGACUUGUGCUCAAUACACUGGCCAAUACAAUCCACAACCACCAGUCGGUGUCAGUGGUCCGUACGGUGGUGGGUUCACUCCCUUGCCUCCUCUCGGAGCACCUUUACUUCCUCCUCUACUAAAACACAAACCUGCCCCUGCUAGACGCUCGUCUGGUAAAGUUAUAGACAAAGGUACAGAUGAAUAUAGAAGGCGACGCGAACGCAACAACAUAGCUGUUAGAAAAUCCCGCGAAAAAGCAAAAGUUCGCUCUAGAGAGGUGGAAGAAAAGGUGAAGACGUUACUCAGGGAGAAAGAGGCGUUGUUGAAGAGGCUGGAGGCUGUGUCGGGAGAGUUGAGCCUGCAUAAACAGAUGUACGUGCAUCUGAUCAAUCUAAACCACCCGGAGAUUACCGAAUUGUGUCGAUCGAUGCUGCAGCUGGGCGCUCCCCACGGGCAGGAUCAUACGCUUUGACCGUAGGUGGCGCAGCGAGGCGUGACGUGUGAUAGGAAUACUUGUGCAUUAAACUAGUGUCUCUGAAAGUAAACUUUAUAGUUAGCAAAAUUAUUACUAUGUGAUUUUUACCGUUUACUUUUUAUAUUAAUAUACACGGAAAGUUUAGUUUUAGACGCAAAAGAUUGAAUAAUGACGGAAAACGACAUUUUAGCGCUCACGGUGCGCAGGGCUGUCGAAUUGUUAAGAUUUAAAAUGUAUUUUUAUAAUGUUAUUAUUUUAUCUUUUGCUAAACCUUUUUUUUUUUUUUGACAAAGCGAGUCCAAGCCUAAAGAAGUGAUCUCAAAUGUCGUGGCUAGGAAUCGCAAUUUGUAAUCACUGCCAUUGUGUCUCGAAAAUAAACCUUAUGACGAGAUCAGUAAAGUCUUAUUUUCAAAGGCUGCUAUUUAUGUUCCGUACAGUUUUAUAUAUUGGAGAUAAAUUAUGCGAUAUGAUAAUGCAAUUUUCAAUACAUAGAUGUCGCUAGUGUCAUUAAAAUUUUUGGAGACAAUAUUACACAAUGACUGAUCAUUUUAUCACCAAUUCGACAUUUUUAACAUUUUAGAAUAUUAAGGUUAUGUAAUAUAUAGUAACAUAGUUUUUGUUACGUUGUAAAUUGGUUGUAAAUAAUAUUGAAAUGGUAAAUUUAAUUGGUUAGUUUUAAAUUUUCGGUACUUCUAUUCGAAAUUUUAUGUAAUGUUAUAGAGAAUUUGUUUCACAUCUAAUGGAUUUAACGUUUGAAAGAUACUUACUUAAAUUAUAAAAAGGAAAAUAUUUAGUCUGUGUUACAACUAAAUUAGCAGUGGGACAAAUUUAAAAAUUAUGACAAAAAAUAUAUUGAAAAAUAGAUUUUUCUGUUAAAAUAAUAAAUAAUACUUAAAAAUUACCUUCAUGUUUAGUUGAAUUUAUGUUUUCUGUCUUCCAAAAUGUUAUUUCUUGUUUAGUUUUAUUAAUUUUUUUUUUGUUUUCUUGAUAACUUAAUGUACAUAAUUUAACGCUAAGCGAUUUUGCCUUUUUCUUUGGUUAAUUGUUGAGCACUAAAAUUUUUAUUCCUAACGAUGUACCUAUAUUAUUUGUUAGAUAUUUUUCUGUCUAUGUUAUUGUAAGUUUAAGAAAUUAAUUUAAAAAUGAUAAAAUCAUGGUCGACGUUUGCCGAAUGUGGAUUAUAAGGAGGAUAUUUAUAUAUUUGAUAUAUUUUAAAUGCUACUUAAUAUUUCAUAGUAGCUACAAGCACGGGUCCUAGGCUGCAUAUAUACAGAUUAAAUAUUUUUACAUAAAAAAAAAAAAACAAUUGAGUGCCAACCCUGACAUUGCGACAAUAACUUUUUUUAUUGAAAAAGUAGGGUUAGCGAUCAUUGUAAAACGGGUCUCGAAACAUAUAGUUACCACAUCGAAUCCUACAAAAUAAUCACAUAUACAAAUAAAAUAAAUAUAUAAUAAGCAUCUACACACUAAAUAGGACUUUUACUGAUGUGUUUGUGUCUUACAGUCAUAAUAAGUACAUAGAAGGCUGAAAAUAUUCAUAUAUCCAAGCAUAUUUAACCUCUUUGAGGAUUUUUAUAUGUAAUUAAACUGAAUACUUUUACAUUAAAAUUUAAUAUGAUUAAAAGUACAUUACAUGAGUACCUAAACAUAUACAUAUAUUGUCAAUGAACAUAUUUUUCAUUUUAACUGUGUGUAGAAGUCAAUUUAAGAUAUUGUAACUCCGUCCCAAUACAAUAAAAAACAAUGUAUAUUCUUGACCGAUAAACGAUAUAACUUUAUAUAUAAGGAUUGAUAUUUUUUGUGUAAUUUCAUUUUUUUUUUAAUUGUUGCUUUAAGAGGCUAUGGGCUUCUUUAUAUACUUUUCCUUGUUUGACGCAUGCGCAGACAGAAAGCAGACUUUAACCUAUGUAAAAAUUUAUCUAUCUUUAUAGUUGAAGACGUUACUAAAGGUGCCGUGAACAAAGUACAAAAAACAAUAAGAGUUAUUCCGUGAAAGUAAUAAUUUCGAGCUUUUCCAUUCAUCUUAGAACAUAAAAAAAAAAUAAAAAAAAAAAUACAAACCUAAUUAUUU